UUGAAACCAAUAUCGUCUAGAAAAACUUAAAGUAACUAAUUUAUUAAUUUAUUUAAGUAAAAAUCAAAAGAAACAUCGAAACCAGAUAUAACAGUAAAUUUCGUCUGCGGUUUAUUUGCUUUGUGCUGUUGUGUGUGUGUGCGCUCCUUGCUUUUUUUGUUGGUGUGUUGUGCAGUUUUGUGCAUUUUUCGCCGCUGUUCGUUGUUACUUACCGUCGCUGUUGUUUCCCCUCUUUGCCUUUGCCCACCCCCGACCUCAACAAUCUAUGCCGUGCAUUGCCUCCAUCUUUCGUUGUUCUAACAAACGCAAAAUCGUUGAUGCGUUUUUUUGUUUUUGCAAUUCGGUUGUCUUUUUUUCUACGGUCAUGCGUGAGACGAGAGUCAUCUAAACAACCAAAAACCCAACAAAAAAAUCACAAAUUUGUGGAGAAAAACAUAAAGAAGAGGAACACAAAAAAAAGAAACUAAACAGACCUGGCUCUUAAUAACUAAGGAUUUUGACAUUUUGAUUAAGAAUUAAAAAAAAACAAAAUUCUUCUUCUUGGAACCUUUUUCAAAAUUAAGCAAAAAAAAAAAACACUCACAAAAAUAAGAAAAUCCAAAAACGGACAGUGGUGGCUUUCAAAAUUUCAAAGUUUUACAAAAACUCCAUUAAGAAAAGCCUUCCCUUAGGCAUAAAGGAUUUGCUGCUGCCUGCCAAAUGUAUGCUGUCCCAAUAGAAACCCCCAAAAUAAAAAGGAAACUUUCCUCCUUUUGAGGACUUUAAGAAGAAGAUUUCCCUUUGGAAAGCUCUAAGCUUAUCAUAAGGGGAUCGAGCCCCAAGAGGAAUUCAACUCUCCCCUCCAACAAAAUUCAUUUCCCUUAACAAACAUGCAAAAUUGGGAUACUGCCACCAUGCAACAAACAACAGCGGCCAGCAACAAUUUCCUGGAACACAACACAUGGUAUAACCAAAUGUUUGCCGCCAACAUAAAACAGGAGCCGGGCACAGUGGUCUCACAGCCCCAGCAUUCGCCCCUGAACACAGCCAGCCAUUUGGAGAACUAUCUGAAGCAGCAUCAUCAGCAAUUCGCAGAGUCUGCAGCAGCAGCAGCGGCGGCGCAAAAUAGCCUACCAGCCAUGACACCCUCACCCACCAAUAACACAGAGUUUUUUGAAACAAACUCACUGCAGCAGCAGCAGCAACAACAGCAUCAUCAACAUCAGCUGCUGCAACAGCAACAAUAUCAACAACAUUUCCAACAGGCCCAACAGGCUGCUGCACAAAAUCAAAUCAGCUCACAUUUGCCUUUGGGCUUCAAUCCUUUGACGCCGCCGGGCCUGCCCAAUGCCGUAUUGCCUGCCAUGUCCCAUCAUUAUUAUACACAAGCCCAGCAAAGGCAACAGCAACAGACUCCCAGCCCAUGUCUGAAUGAGAAUUUGGAGAAAGCGGCACUGACGCCCCGCCAUACACCUCCCAUGGAUAUAACGCCACCCAAGUCGCCGAAAAUGUCCAAUGGUAACAUCAACCCCUCCAAUGGCAACAGCAUGAUGAUGGAUCACAAUCAACAAGGACAUGAGGAUCAGGAUCUCAUCUCCAAUUCCAGUGAGGAUCUCAAAUACAUAGUCGAGUCCGAGGAUGAUGAGUCCAUACGCAUGCCCAUUUACAACUCACAUGGCAAGAUGAAGAAUCACAAAUGCAAAUCCUGCGGCAUGGUGGCCAUUACCAAAAUGGCCUUCUGGGAGCAUGCCCGCACACACAUGAAGCCCGAGAAGAUUUUGCAAUGCCCCAAGUGUCCCUUUGUCACCGAGCUCAAGCACCAUCUGGAAUAUCACAUACGCAAGCACAAGAACCUCAAGCCCUUCCAGUGUGACAAAUGCUCGUACUCGUGUGUCAACAAGUCCAUGCUGAACUCGCAUCGCAAAUCGCACUCCUCGGUGUAUCAGUAUCGCUGUGCCGACUGUGAUUAUGCCACCAAGUAUUGUCAUUCGUUUAAACUGCAUUUGCGCAAGUAUGAGCACAAGCCAGGCAUGGUGUUGGAUGAGGAGGGCAUACCCAAUCCCUCGGUGAUCAUUGAUGUCUAUGGCACCAGACGUGGCCCCAAAAACAAAUCCUCCUCAGGAGCAGCUGGCCUUAAGAAGGCUUGCAGUGAUUUGAAAAUUCCUCCCACUUCACAAUUGUCGGCAGCCUUGCAAGGUUUUCCCUUGCAGCAACAGCAGCAGACGCAAUCAUCCGCCUCCUCCUCCUCCAUGCACUCCAGUCAAAUGCCAGCCUCUCCAGCCAAAAGCAAUAGCUCGGUGGUCUCUGACUUGCCUGCCUUGACGCUCAACAUGUCGCUGCAGCAACAGGCCAAUAUGCCACCGCAAUCGCCCGGCGCAGGGUCCUCGGCCCAACAGCAGGCCGCCAAUAGUCAGCAACAGCAGCUUAAUAACCUCUUGCCCCCCUUGGCCUCCUUGCUGCAGCAGAAUCGCAAUAUGGCCUUUUUCCCCUAUUGGAAUUUGAAUUUGCAAAUGUUGGCAGCCCAGCAGCAGGCAGCGGUCUUGGCCCAAUUAUCGCCGCGCAUGCGUGAACAAUUGCAACAGAAGCAGUCCGAAAAUGGCAGUGAUUUCCAUCAAAACUCCGACGAUCUCAAUGAAGAAGAGGAGGAGGAAUGCGAUGAGGAAGAGGAUCAGGAGGAAUUCGAUCGCAAAUCUGUGGACUCGGCCAUGGAUUUGUCACAAGGCACCCCCACCAAGGAGGAGCAGCAAACCCCAGACAUGGCCAUGAAUCUGAAGUUAAGUGGCGAAGAUCAUGGUGAUACCCCCCUGUUCAGUUCCUCGGCGGCGGUGAGACGCAAGGGCAGAGUUUUGAAGCUGGAUCCGGAGCAAAUGAAGAGCCAUCAAGCGACUUCACUGCCCUCAUCACCUCAACAUGCUAGCGAAAAUCCUCCCACCACCUCCUCGCCCAUUCAGGCGAAUGGCUUUGCAGCUCCCGCUCAAAAUAAAAACGAAGAACACUCCUCGGCGGAUGAGUCCAUGGAGCAGGCCAACGGCCCCCAAAACCAUCAUCCCACCACCACGGCUGCGAAUACCAGCGCCAGCUCAACGGCCUCCUCCUCGGGCAACAGUUCCAACAGCUCCUCCACCUCGGCCUCGAAUGGCUCCUCAUCGGCGGCCACCAGUCCCACCACCACCAACACCACCAUGUACGAGUGCAAGUACUGUGAUAUCUUCUUCAAGGAUGCUGUCCUCUACACCAUACACAUGGGCUACCACAGCUGUGAUGAUGUCUUCAAGUGCAACAUGUGCGGCGAGAAAUGUGAUGGCCCGGUGGGGCUGUUUGUGCACAUGGCUCGCAAUGCUCAUUCGUAAGAAACCAAAUUUUUAUAAACUCCUUAAAACCCCCCUCGAAACCUGCGACCCUGGUCUUGACUUGACUUGAAUGCAAACUUUUGUAUAUGUUUUUUGUUAUUAUUUUAUUUUUCGUUGCUUUGAAUUGUAUAUAGAAAAAAAUUUUAAGUAGCCUAGUUGGCCUCUCACCCCCCCUCCCCCCCUCUCCACUGAAAGAAAAACCAAAUAGCCCACUAAGGGGGGUAGGUCAACUAAGCGAAACGUUGUCAUGAAUUGUAAAUAUGAAACAUUUAGUUUUUAGUUUUUUUUUUAAUUUCUUUAUGUCUUAAGUUCCCUUUUUGCAACUAAAUCCAGAAAAAACGGUUCCUUUUAAUGAUAAUGCUAAUGAUCUGAUUUAGAGAAAGAAAACUCGAUUUAUUUUUUGUUUUAACUGCUCUCUUGUCCAUAUGUAUGUAUGUACGUAUUUGAAAUGUAUUCUUUUUGUGUUAGUGUAAGUGCAAGACAAACAAACCAACAAACAAACCGUAAUUUAAAUAUUUUCCCUUUAUUAUAUAUAGUUUUACAACUUUCCCUGUGUAUCUCUGCUCUUCUUUCUUAAUUUUAACAAAAACCUUUAAAGGUUUAAAAAUUUUUAACUUUAAGUUUCUCUCCCCCCCCCUAUGCCCCUAUGCCAAAAUCAAAAACAAAUUAAACAUUUUUAUGUUUUCCCUAUAUGUGUACACUUAAGUUAAACAACGAAAAUCAAAAUAAUCAAAGUCAUUAGUUCUGUUUAAGUUUUUUAGUUAAUAUUAAUAAACGAAAAUAUAUAUAUUUUUUAAAAAAUUUUUAUUUGUAGUAAUUUAAUAUAAAAUGAAAAGAAAAACGCUAUUACCCAAUUAUAGAGAGAUU